UGAUAUGGCUUUGUAUUUGGUUCAGGAUUUUUCUGAAUCUGGGCAAUUUAAAUAGGCAAUGAAAACUUGUAUUCAGUACAUCCCUCAUAAUUUCACUGCGUCCAGUGACAUGACUUUAGGUGUUCAUACAAACUUUGUGCCUCUUUUCAGAACCGGCCCUUUAAAUAACCCCUAAAGAGCUUUCCAACCACUAGCCCUCCAGCUACAAUUGCCAAUGUAGUCACAUGAUCGGUAUGGAUACUUAUGGCUAAUGGAACAUGAUGGUCACUCAGAGCCUUAGUGGAGCCCAGCCUGAAGGCCACUUAGGGACAUUUUGAAUGAAACAUAUAGAACAUCCAUUAUGGUGACGCAAAGCAAUUGCUACCAUAUUCAGGCCCAAACAAAAUGAGAGACUGCUUUUGCACUGUGAAUUUGGACCAAGAAGAAAUUUUUCGCACAAAAGUAGUUGAGAAAUCUUUAACCCCGUUUUAUGGUGAAGAUUUUUAUUUUGAGAUCCCCAGGACAUUCCACAACUUGUCCUUUUAUAUCUAUGAUAAGAAUGUAAUACAAAGAGAUCAUCCAAUAGGAAAAGUUGCCAUCAAAAAAGAGGAUUUAUGCAGUUAUAAUGGCAAGGAAACUUGGUUUCCACUCCAGCCCAUUGAUUCUAAUUCUGAAGUACAGGGGAAACUACACUUGGAGCUGAAACUGAAUGAGCUGAUUACAGAGAAUGGAUCUGUUCAACAGCUUAUGGUACACAUAUUGGAAUGUGAAGGAUUACCCCUUGUGAACGGACAGAGUUGUGAUCCGUAUGCCUCUGUGUCAGUUGUUGGACCUUCCAGAAACGAACAAAAGAGAACAAAAGUAAAAAAGAAAACCAGUAACCCACAGUUCAACGAGAAGUUUUACUUUGAGGUGACAAGAUCAAGCAGCUACACCAAGAAGUCCCAUUUCCAGGUAGAAGAAGAAGAUAUUGAAAAACUGGAAGUGAGGGUUGAUCUAUGGAAUAAUGGAAAUCUUGGCCAGGACGUUUUCCUUGGGGAGAUAAGAAUUUCAGUAAAAGUUUUGAGGAAUGAUUCAUCUCAUAGGGCAUGGUAUCUGCUGCAGCCAAAAGAUAAUGGAAGUAAAACUUCCAAAUAUGACGAAUUGGGCUUUCUAAGACUGAGUAUCUGUUAUACAGAGGACCUUGUGCUUUCUUCGAACUGUUACUCUCCUCUUCGAAGCCUUAUGUUAAAGUCCCCAGAAGUUCGGCCUAUAUCUGCUUCACCUGCUUUUAUCUUGGGAGAAGUUUGCAGAGACAAAUACGAUGCUGUCCUCCCUCUUGUCCGGCUCUUGCUUCACCACCAGAAACUAGUUCCUUUUGUGGCAGAGAUUGCCCAGCUCGACCUAAAUGAUACACAGGAAGCAAAUACUAUCUUCCGAGGAAAUUCUCUAGCCACUCGCUGCCUUGAUGAGACGAUGAAGAUUGUGGGAAAACAUUAUCUUAAAGUUACACUGAAGAAUGUUCUAGAUGAGAUUUGUGAUUCCCCAAAACCCUGUGAGAUAGACCCCAACCGCCUGAAGGAAGGAGACAAUGUGGACAAUCACAAGGAGAACCUACGAAACUAUGUUGAUAAGGUAUUCUUCUGCAUAGUUAAAUCUAGCAUGAGCUGCCCCACUGCAAUGUGUGAUAUUUUCUCUACUCUUAGACAUAUGGCUGUCAAGCACUUCCCCAAAGACCCCCAUGUUCAGUAUUCCGCCGUAAGCAGCUUUGUGUUCCUGCGUUUCUUUGCUGUUGCUGUUGUGUCACCUCACAGCUUCCAGCUACGACCCCACCAUCCAGAUGCACAGACCUCUCGGAUAUUAACCCUUAUCUCAAAGACUAUCCAGACCCUUGGUAGUGUCAGCAGUUUAACAAAGAGCAAACCAUCCAGCUUCAAGGAGCAGUUCAUGUGUGACUUUUUCAAGACGUUUGAAGAGGAAACGUACUCUAAAGCCGUGAAAAAGUUUCUAGAGGAAAUCUCAUCUACAGAAACCAAAGAACCAAGUGGAGUCAGUGAUUCACUGAUCCUGAAAGAGGGGGAGAUGCAUAAGCGAGCUCUGGGGCGUACCAUAAUUGGCAAAAGGAACUUCAAAAAACGAUGGUUUUCCCUAACAAGUCAUGAGCUCACCUACCACAAACAGAAAGAUAAGGAGCCCGUAUAUACUAUUCCAAUUAAAAAUAUCCUGGCUGUUGAGAAACUGGAUGAAAGUGCCUUCAAUAAGAACAAUAUGUUUCAGGUGAUUCAUAAUGAGAAGCCUCUGUAUAUCCAGGCCAAUAACUGCAUAGAAGCUAAUGAGUGGAUUGAAAUACUAAGCAGGUUAAGCAGACGCAACCAGAAGAGAUUAAGCAAAUACCACCCGUCUGUAUUCCUGGGUGGGGCUUGGCUCUGCUGUAAAGCAACCAGUGACAGCACGGAAGGAUGCUGCGUCUGCACUGUAGAUGUUCCAGCUGAUGUGGCACUGGAUAUUGAUGGAGAUCGCGAAUGUGAAAGAAUCCAUCGUCUUUUCAGCAUGAAUAUGCAAAAGCUACUGAAAAUGGAAGAGGCCUGUGGAACAAUAGCAGUCUAUCAAGGACCACAGAAGGAGCACAGCGACUACGCCUUCACCAUUGAGGAUUCUGUGACCACCUUUAAAGUUCUCCAGCAGAUCAAAGCCAUCACGGAGAACCUCAAGGAACUACACGACAAACAUAAAAAGGGCUCGACGAGUGCAAAAUAUGGCAGCCAGGAAAAUCCCAUUGUGGGAAAAGGAUCUUAGCAGCCGCAACAUUUUUGUUGUCUCAGAACUGGAACGGCUUAAUGUCUGAAGCAGGAAGAGAAUUUCUCAGCCAGUAUCUAACAUGGAGUUGGAAACUACUACAUUACGUAACCACUUGGAAGGAAACUCUCAAGCUCGAGUAGCUGGAGCACUUAAAACUUUCCUGGCAUUAUAACUGCACAAAAACAACUGAAAAUGUUGAGAAAUAGAUGAAUCUUUAUAGGAGAUCCCUGUAUCUUUAUAUGAGAUCCCUGUAUCUGUAUAGGGAGAUCCCUGUAUCUGUAUAGGGAGAUCCCUGUAUCUGUAUAGGGAGAUCCCUGUAUCUGUAUAGGGAGAUCCCUGUAUCUGUAUAGGGAGAUCCCUGUAUCUGUAUAGGGAGAUCCCUGUAUCUGUAUAGGGAGAUCCCUGUAUCUGUAUAGGGGGAUCCCUGUAUCUGUAUAGGGGGAUCCCUGUAUCUGUAUAGGGGGAUCCCUGUAUCUGUAUAGGGGGAUCCCUGUAUCUGUAUAGGGGGGUCCCUGUAUCUGUAUAGGGAGAUCCAGCAUGAUAAGGUUUGCACUGCUGGCAGUGUGAGAGCUUCUGUCCAUUGCUCUAUUACUUACAGGGUAUGAUUCUGGGGUCUGAUAAGGAGUGUGUGCUGCAUUGCCAGAACUUAGCAGUGGUAAAACCUAGCAAAUGCGAAGGGAGAAAUCAUCAAUUACAAAACUCUUGAAUGCUUAUUGUGCUCUUUAGAUGCCAAUGUUCAAGUUGGUUGAGACCGAUGGAAAAACUACACACUUUGUCCUUUUAAAAAAAAAAAAAGAAAUGAUCAGAGGAGUGGAUAUUUGAGCAGCUCUGACAGAAACCCGCACUUUGUUUUUACCACCUCAGACAAAGUUGGACGAAUGAGUUUAAAACGGUACACAUAGCAUUCUUUUAUUUAUUGUCCCCCUGUUAAUUCGGUGGAUUCUUUGUUCUUCCCAAGAGAGGUCUGGAUGAGCCAAAUACAAAGCGAGAGGCCAAGUAGCACACGUGUUUCUAAAGAAUAUUCAAGGGACGUAAUGAAUUCCCUCUCAGAUGGAUAGCACUGUGCUGAUGCGUGUGCCUACAAAAUAUUGCUACAGGAUUUUACAAAAACAGACACCCCGCGUAUUCCUUUUUAAUGAUUUUAUAAAAUUGAGGUAUAUGGCCCACUAAAUCCGAUAGAUGUCUGCCUGCUAUUUGCUUGGGUUUCAUUUGAAUGACCGUAUUGAUUGUAGAAAUACAUCUGCUACCGUUUUUUGUAUUCUGUGUAAUGAAGCUCUGAUUUUGUCUGCAGAGGGACCAACCCUUCAAAGGAGCACCAAAGUUGUAUAGUGGUAUGGCAAUCCGUCGUUCCUGCUUCUAUCCAAAGCUCCGUUGCCCUUCGUCCAGCUAGAUAGCUUUCACAUUGCAGGUAUCUUAUUAUACCUUAAUCUUGAUGGAGGCCCGUGGGCUUGCAGUUUAUCGGAAUGAUUUCCCCCACCUUCGUUAUCACAGCCUUUAAAACACCACUUUGAGCACUUUAGUAAUGUGGUUAUGGGUUAUAUAAACCUUUUCUCUCCUUUCCUUUUGCCCUAGUUAAGAAAGAUACACCGUGUAUCUGAUUCCUCUUUUCUUUUAAGAUCAGUUCCAUGAUCAAUGCUGUUUGCUGUAUUUCUAUAGAGAGAAGAAAAAAAAAAGUUAAAAAGGAUUAAAUAUU